AUGGUGUCCCCCAGCCCCGCCGCGCCGGCACCGCCUUCCGGCACCGCCGCGACCCGGACGCGGAAGCCGGGCGCCGCCGCCGCCACCCUCCGGCGGGGGUGCCGGGAGGACAUCCGAGCAGGCGGGGCGGCCCCGUCCCUUCCUCUCGCCGCUGCUCACCUCGCCUGCGGCCGCUCCGUCGGGGCGCCGAGCGCGGCUGAGGGCCGGGCGGGAGAGCGGCAGGGCCCGGCCCGGCCACCGCACCCGGCUGCGGGACGGGGCUUGGGCCGCAGCCCUUCACCGGGGAUCCGGCUCUGCCGGCCCGCCCGGCCCCGGCCCGGUCAACGCAGGGAGAGCGGCUUCGGCGGCAGCCGCUCUGCCCCUCCCGCUCGGAGACGGCACCAGCUCUCCCCUGAAACGCCUGUGAAGAGAUGA